UAAAUUUACAUUCCUGAUCAGCAUUCCAGAGGUGUAUGGAUGUGGGAUCAUGUGGGGAGAUCUCACACUGCAUUUGACAGAAAAACUAAGUGAAGACAGUUUAAAUGACGUGAAAGACCUUCUACUGAAACAUAGAUACACAUAUGGUUAUGACACACAGCUUAUACAACUUCCAAAGGCUGCUGUGCGCACUACGGGCCUUGGUAAUAUCAAACAGGGAUUAUCAUUACGAGCAGAGAAGUUGGAACCUGAAUCAGAAGAAAAAUAUAACUAUGGCAGUAUCGGAUGUUUUGUGAAUAUAAAGUCAAAAAGUGAGGAACAAGAUCAAGAUAAAUUACAUUGUAUAACAUGUGCUCAUUGUGUGGACGAAUGUAAAGAUCUUAUUGAUGUCCUUCCUGAACAUGAUAUAGGCUAUACAACAUUGGGAAAGAAAAGUAUAUAUGUAGAAUAUAUCAAAGAUAGCAUAGAUGUUGCUCUAAUAGAAAUUCUUGUAACUAAAAUAGGACAUUGUUGUUAUGGUUUGCGGGAAUCAAAAAAAAACCCAGAACAAUGCAGAGACCCUCAGCGGAGACCUACAAUGGAAGAAAGCCCAAUAGAAAAAAGAUGGUCAUUUUAUGAUGGAGCAAUAUUGAGACGGAAGGUCUUCAAAUUUGGCAGCGCAACGGGAUUAACUUGUGGAGUAUGUAUGUGUGAUGAUUAUAACACUAAAGAAAUAAUGAAAAAUUUUAAUCGGGUCUCAAAGAGGAACUUUGAUACAAAUGUGAAUAUCUUGAUCGAGUCUGAACCAGACAAACAAGUGCCACCAGGUAGUGUGACAGCUGGCGGAAGUCGUGAUACACAGCAAGAGCAAGUGAGGAAAUUUUCCGAGGAUGGUGACAGUGGAUCAGUGAUAUUCGAUGAUGAUAUGCAAGGAGAUGUGGUUGUGCUGGGACUACUGUAUGGUGGUAUUACAGAGAAGGACAGUGGUAAAUUCCUUUACAGCUACGCGUCACACAUCAUGAGACUAAAGGAAUUACUUGAGAACAAACACGAUAUAUCAAUAGAACCAGCAUUAAGCAGCAACGCAAGUCCUCAAGGUGCAGGCAUAUAAAGAUAAAAACAUUUUGUUUCAUGUGGAUGGAGAUGUAUAACUUUAUUGUGACAAUUUGCCAUAAAGCCCCAACUCCUACAAUAAUUUCAUGAGAGAUUAUUUUGUUACUGGAAUAAUGUGCAGAACUAAAUCAAUCAAACAAUUUAGUUCUCAAAUAUAUGAAAUUUUAGAUUCCUUGAGUAGAAGAUGCAUUAUGUUCAAAGUUGAUAAUUUAAAAAUCUAGUACAUUGUCUGUUUUUGAAUGUAAUAGAAACAUAUUUUGCAAACACACAUAGAAGAUAGAUAUGUUACAUUUAAAACUCUACUUACUACUGGUAAAGACCAUAAUUAUGAAUACAUAGUGUCAUUUAAAAAAGGGCAGUUUUUUUAGAAAGUACCAAAUUAGCUAGACCAGAAAUAGAGAAUCCAACUUCCAAAUAUAAUUGGUGCAGUCUCUUUUUCAAAUUACACAUAUUCAGAUGAAUUUUCAAGAUUUCAAUUAAUUUCUGCAAUAGAAAUAUUUUACCUAAAGUUGACCAUAGUAUAUCUUUAAGUAAAAGUGAUUGUUGUAUUUUUUGUUUAUUUGACAUUUAUGUACUAAAAGCCAAUAUACAUGUAUUUAGAUACUUUAUAUUUCUAAAUUUAGUAGUUGUUUUCCUUUUAGAUGUUUUUCUUGUUAUGCUCCCCGAAAAAUUUCGGGGGAGCAUAUAGUCGUCGGGUUGUCCGUCCGUACGUACGUGUACGUACAUACGUCCCGAAUUUGUGUCCGGCCCAUAACUUUGUUAUUUGAAGUCGGAUUUUAAAAAUAUUUCACAGAAAUGAUCACCAUAUUGAGACGAUGUGUCGCGCGCAACAUUUGGGUUGCUACCUUGAAAGUCAAGGUCACAGCAUGACCUUGCAGCAAAAUCGUAUCCGGUCCAUAACUUCAUUAUCUGAAGUCGAAUUUUAAAAAUAUUUCACAGAAAUGAUCACCAUAUUGAGACGACGUGUCGCACGCAACAUUUGGGUCGCUACCUUAAAGGUCAAGGUCACAGUAUGACCUUGCAGCAAAAUCGUGUCCGGCCCAUUACUUUGUUAUUUGAAGUCGGAUUUU